AACACAACCCAAGAYAACACCACAAUGACCCUCUACAACGCCCCCUUUUCCAAGGGCACAAUCGCUAUCCCGAUCCCCUCUCCGAAGAAYACCGCCUCGACCGGUGACUGCAACUGCAAGAGCAAGCCUAGCCGGAGCCUCUUGUCCGUACAGCUGGACGAAGAGCUCUCCGUCACCAGGCACAACGGCCACUGYARCAGAUACGACAGAUACAGCUGCGACCAYACCCAAGAGCCCAACGAAAGCAAGACGAUCUCUGCAAGCGCAAAUGGGAGCGACGGCGCGAGCACCGCAAGCGCCACCUGCAGCAUGACCUCGAGCGGGUCCUGCGGCUCGGUGUCCUCUUCGCUAUCGUCGUCGCUGUCCUCGUCCUGCGAGGACCUCUCCUCCUUUCGCCGCAAGAUCUUUCCAAAGUACUGGCGGAACCACACGCCCCAGCUGCCGGCGGCUCCGAUCGCCGCGCUGGUGAGGGAUCCCAGGUCUCCCCUGCUGAACCACUACGCCGUCGCCAAGACCGGGAGUGAUGGGGGAGCAACAAGCUCGAGCACCACCCAAGCCACCACRAAUGAUUCGAGGGGGCCGCACUCUUCUCCGGAUCGGCCUGCUGCGUCCGCGGCUCGAAGCUCCUUCUCCCCCAGAGACCAACAUCCAGCGCUCUCGGUGUCUCCGGCGCGSAGAUCGAUCUUUGGGGCCUCCUGCCGCUCGAAAGCGGACCCGAUGGAAUCCGAGGUCAAGGGGUUUCUGUCCAGCCACAAGCACAUGACCCUGCUGCCGGCCUCGUUCGACGAGGGUGCAGUCCUUCCCACCCUCGAAGGCCGUCGCCGGUCGCGUCUGCGGAGCUACAGCUGCUCCGAGGUGGCUUCCCAAAAGGCAAGCUCCAAAAAGGUCCUCACUUCCUGCCUGCGGCGGAGGCACAGCGAACUCGGCGACAGCGAUCGAAGCAGCGCCAGCGACGACACCAACAAAAGCCUGCGCCACUCGGUCACCUUUGACAGCCAGGUCUCGAUUGUUUCCUUCGAACCCAUCACGUCCAUGGAAUGCUACACCGACGGAUCCUGGACGGACGUCUUUGACCACUGAGGAAGCCCAACCCAACCCGAGGCRCGGGACGCCACCGUGCGGACACACCAUGAUGUACAUAUUUCAUGCACAAAUGACUGAAGCCAAACUGUCUAACCCUUAGACAGGUUUGUUUGUUUUGCGACCAUGGCAAAAAGCAUAGCAUAGCAAAACAUAGUGUUGUAUAUAUGCUUAAACAAUCCAA